GCAGUCACGGAGGCCUUGGCCACGUCCCUGCCGUUCAGCGCUUCCAGCGUCUACAUCGACUAUGUUGCGCUCUCCUUAGGCUUCCUCGUGGGUGUGCGGCUGCGUGUGACGAAAGUGGAGGUUGUGCUGCAGCGUGAGCCUGAUGAGGCGAGGUGGUCCAAGGCCGAGGAGGCCGUUCGCUCAGCGUACCGCCUUGCCGCAGCCGGUCAGGCCAGUUCGAAGCGAG